AUGUCCGCAAUCCCCGGCGCCGACCAGCUCAUAGAAGCAGCAACCCAACCCACCUCAAAACCACCUACGGUAUGCGUAUUCUGCGGCGCCUCCCCCGGAACCUCCCCCGCACACCUAGCAGCCGCCCGAGAACUCGCUCACGCCUUCCACGCCCGCGGAAUCCACCUCGUCUACGGCGGCGGAACCGUAGGCGUAAUGGGUGAAAUCGCCAAAACGCUCGUCAAACUUUCCGGACCAGACGCCGUGCAUGGUGUGAUUCCUGAAGCACUUCUUCGUUAUGAGCGAGGCAAUGUCAACAGCGAAGCUGCGAAAGAUCCGCAACAACAACAACAAGCACAAGCACAAGCAGAUGAGGAUGUAACGAAGCAUUUGAUUGAGACAAAGGGAUUGAUAGAUGAAAGCAUUUAUGGAAGAAUUACGGUUGUMAAGGAUAUGCAUUCGAGGAAACAAAUGAUGGCUCAGGAAGUCAUCUCCUCGGGUCCCGGAGGCGGGUUCGUGGCUUUGAGUGGUGGGUAUGGAACAAUGGAAGAGUUGAUGGAAGUUGUGACUUGGAAUCAACUGGGGAUUCAUGCCAGAGGGAUCGUGUUGUAUAAUGUGGAAGGGUAUUGGGAUGGCAUCUUACAGUGGGUGAAGACGGCUGUGGGAGCGGGGUUUGUGAGUGAGAGUAACAGGGAUAUCAUGGUUGAGGCGAGGAGUGGAGAGGAGGUAGUAAAAUGUUUAAAGGACUAUCAAAAUUCGGAAGGGAGGUUCAAGUUGAAGUGGGAGGAGCAGUGA